AUGGCUUGCCGGGCUGGAUGCUGCUGCUCCAGCAUCAGUACUCUGAAUGAAGAUAACGCCAGAUUUCUCAUGCUGGCUUUGCUGAUCAUCAUCUACCUGUUAUGUGGGGCAGCGGUGUUUUCGGCGCUCGAGCAUCCGAAGGAGAAGCUCGCCAGGGAGAGAUGGGCUCAGAGGAUCGAGCAGUUCACCCACAAGUACAACCUGAGUCAAGACGACCUGAAGAACUUCCUGAGGAACUAUGAGGAGGCCAAUGUGGCGGGGAUCCGCGUGGACGCCACCAGACCGAGGUGGGAUUUCGCGGGAGCUUUUUAUUUCGUCGGAACUGUGGUUUCAACUAUCGGUUUUGGGAUGACGACACCCGUCACUAUUGCUGGGAAGAUAUUCUUGAUCUUUUACGGGCUUAUUGGUUGCGCUGCCACAAUUUUGUUCUUUAACCUCUUCCUGGAACGAGUCAUCACAGUGAUCGCAUUCGUUUUGAAGUCCUGCCACGAGCGCAGAGAACGCCGCAAAGCCGGCCCGGCUCAAAACUGCCAGCGUCCCUCCACCGACAGCAGAGAGCGGCGCACGGACAGCUUAGCCGGCUGGAAACCAUCAGUGUACUGCGUCAUGCUCAUCUUAGGAGUCGCCGCCAUCGUGGUCUCCUGCUGCGCGUCCGCCAUGUACUCAGCAGCCGAGGAUUGGGAAUACCUAGACGCCCUCUAUUUCUGUUUCGUGGCUUUCAGCACCAUUGGUUUUGGGGAUAUGGUGAGCAACCAGCGGGAGAUGUACAAAGCUCAAGCGGCCUAUAGGGUGGGCAACUUCCUUUUCAUCCUCACAGGGGUGUGUUGCAUUUACUCGCUGUUCAACGUAAUUUCCAUCGUGAUCAAGCAAGUUCUCAACUGGCUUCUGCGGAGGCUGGAGACUCCCUGUCGCUGCCCGGGCCGAGGGAACCGGCAUCCACGGAGGAACGUGGUCGCCCCCGGCCACAUGAGAACCAGACGAGACGAAUCCAUCGAGACUGACGGAGUCAAUGACAGCGAGGCAGAUGGACGGCGGAUGUCUGGAGAGAUGAUCUCCAUGAAGGACUUUCUGGCCGCUAAUAAAGUUAAUCUGGCCAUCAUGCAGAAGCAGCUGUCAGAGAUGGCCAACGGACAUCCUCGCCAGUUAGGGAGCAGCUCACGUUACAACGAGUUCUCCGGAGGGGUCGGAGCGCUGGGAAUCAUGAACAACCGACUGGCAGAGACAAGUGCAGAUAGAUAAAUCCAGCGUUUAGAAAUGUGAAAUAACCAGACGACCUCCACAGCAAAGUGUGAUCACUUUUUUUUUUCAACAAAGACAAGCAAAUACCAUAACCCUCAUACUUUGGGUCUCAUUCACUAAUAGUUGUGUUGUGUAGGCUACAAAUGUUCUUCUGUACGUGCACAGACAAGGUUAGCUUGGAAAAU